AAGAAAAGUCUCUAGGCAGGGUUGUCGCUGCGCCAGUUCUGUGACUGAAUUUUGGAACGCACUAUUUUUCGGUGUUAUAAUUUGGACGCGUCGCGUUGCACAACAACGGAACGUAACAAUUAGACUUUUAUUUUUAGAAGAGUUCUAUUCUGGCUGCUGCUCCGCUGGCUUAGUGUCGCCGUUACUUCUGUGUUGUGUUGUGAAAUUGGAUCGGUGUUUUUGAGUUUGUGAAGUUGGCCGGAUCAGUGGAUAUUUUUAGGGGGUUUUCGUCUGGUCCCUCCUGGAUUUGUUAUUUCACCACUAUGAAGUGAACUCCAGGAGCUACGGUGGUCAACAGAGAGAACACGAUGUUAUCGGCGGGGUUGGGAUAUUCCGCACCCCCAGGUACAACACCCCCUUACAGUCCACCCCUUGCAGCUAGACACAGCCCCCUACCUAGCUUUAGUUUCACCCAGGAGCAAGUUGCCUGCGUAUGUGAGGUUCUUCAACAAGCCGGCAACGUUGAUCGUCUUGGUAGAUUCCUCUGGUCCCUCCCUGCCUGUGAUAAACUACAUAACAAUGAAUCCGUACUCAAAGCCAAGGCCAUCGUGGCUUUCCACAGAGGAAAUUUCAAAGACCUCUACAAGAUACUCGAAAACCACCAGUUCAGUCCACACAACCAUUCCAAGCUACAGACUCUAUGGCUCAAAGCACAUUACAUUGAGGCAGAAGGCUUACGUGGUAGACCAUUAGGAGCAGUAGGAAAAUACAGGGUAAGAAGAAAAUUCCCCCUGCCCAGGACGAUAUGGGACGGCGAAGAAACGAGUUACUGCUUCAAAGAGAAAUCCAGGAGCGUACUCAGAGAAUGGUACAAUCACAACCCUUAUCCUAGUCCUAGAGAAAAGAGAGAAUUAGCUGAAGCAACAGGUUUAACUACUACGCAAGUCUCGAAUUGGUUCAAGAACAGGCGACAAAGGGACAGGGCGGCAGAACAGAAAGACAGUAACCAAACCAGUUCGGACAAACCACACUUGGACUCGAGCGGUUCGGACAGCGAAGGCGACAACCAGCACAAGAUCGGUUCUUUCGUGCCUGCAGGAGUUGUGGGCACAGCCUCAGCACAGAUGAGCGCCUACGCAGCAGGACUGGGUUCCUCCAUCGGUCAGCCAAUCUACCAACCUCCCAGUGCACUCCUGCAUGACUACCAAGCCUUGUGACAAUGGUUGUGUGCAAACCAAGACCAUCAAUAAGAUAAUAUAGUUGGCUAAGUUUCAAGGCGAAUAUACUGUAGGAAUCCUCCUUCGGAUAUUGUGAUCUCUUAUCGGCUUCAACCGUUGAAUCAACAGAGAGAUUCUGCAUCAUCAAAAUAAUUGCAGAGAAGAGUGUAGAGAUGAAAACCAGCAAGACAGAAACUCGAAUUAGGAAGAUGUGACUUGAGUGAAGACCUUUAUUGGAUGAUCAACAGGUUUUUUAGGUUUUUCAUCAAUUACUAAAGCUGUCUUUUGUUGGUACCUACCUACCAUGGAUAGAACAUUCAUUGGGGUUGAUCUGUCUUGUCCAUAAAGAAGAAAACAAGAUGUGAAGUUACCUUCUACCUUUAGAUUUAAAAUAGGUGACCAACAAAAUUGUUACGAAAGAUUAAUUACCUGAAAAAAAACGAACAAAAGUGAAAACGUCACAACUUAGCAUAAAUACCGUAUCCCUAGAAAAAUUACCAAAAACUGGUAAUAACAAAAGUACUUCACUAAGUAAGUGAAGUAAAUGGAGCCAACACAAUAUCAAGUAUAUUCGAUUCAUCACAAAUAAUGAGCAUAAAUAAGAAAUGAAAAACUAAACUUCCUUUCUAUCGAUUUUCUGCUUGAACUAUUUCGAAGUUAUACAUCAGAUUAUUGUACAAAGUUGCACAUGAACCACUAGAACUAUACUCAGCUUUCAUAUGCUUAUACAAAUCUCACUGAAAUAUUGAAUUAUGUAUCGAUUCCAGUUGAUUCGAAAUGAAUGUUUCUUAAUUUUAUUAGUGUUAUUAGAUUUUUAGUAUCAAAAGCUUUGUAAAUAAAUAUUAUUUAUUUCAUAGAUAGUUUUACCGUCAGGCUGUUUGUUUAUUGUACUUAUUUUUUUUUUAUAGAAUAGAAAUGUUACGAAUGUUAAAUCAAAUUCAUUACUACAUUUCUGAUGUUGGAAUGAUUUCAUUUGGAAUUCAUUAAAUUUUUUUUCUUUAAGAA